AUGUCGUAUUCGGAAUGGCAAGAAGAGGCACUCCGCAGAAUCAACUACGCUGAUGUGGACGUAUGGCGAACCGGCAUAAAGCGCGAGACGCAGCAAGACCAAGUUAUAUGGUUCGAUACCCCAGAUGCGCGGUAUACGUUUAUCAACAGUGCCGAAACGCGAUUCGACCAUGCCGAUUUCCAUGCCGUGGACGGUGAACCCAAACCGUACAACGCGCGCGUUGUGCUCGACUGGAGACAACUCAUGACUAGGCUGUUUGCUGAGGAGAAUAUUGUACGAAAGAGGCUAGGGAGCGGUACACUGUCGUUUUGGGAGUACGCUGAGCUGCGUAUCCGGAAUAUCCUUCGGAGUUCGGAGCGCCGCAUGUGUAUAGGAAAUAGGAUACUAAGAUUAGAGUUCGAAAUUUUCAGGCGCAGGGUCGAUAAGUUUCUUCAGACACUUUGUUGGAAUGAUUGCAGAUUUUAUCCUCUGUAUAUUGAAGCGUUGGAGCGGCGUCUUCGUUGCGCGUUCGAUAAGAAUGGUGGGGAUACGUGUAGACUUGAGGACGUUUUUGAUGACGUCUGUGAAUACAAUAGACAGUUGGGGAGUGAUAUGAUGCAGAGACGGAGUGAUAGAUUGAAGGAUCUUGCUGAAGGACUAUGGGCGCAGCGGUGGAAGGGUUCAGAAUGA